AUGGGGGACUUGCCACUUUCGAGAAUAACACCUUCUCGAGCAUUUCAACAAGUCGGAAUCUAUUUUGCUGGUCCCAUCCUCAUAAAACCUAACUUGAAGCGCUCCAAAAUCAAGAUCAAGUCUUACAUCUGCCUAAUAGUCUGCAUGGCAACAAAGGCAGUUCAUAUUAAACUCGUGUCAGACUUAACAACUGACGCUCUAAUUGCUUCCCUUCAUCGUUUUUUUGCAAGACUGGAAAUUCCAUCUGACAUUCACUCCGACAAUGGCACCAACUUUAAAGGUUCUGCAAAAUAUUUAAAAUCCUUAUUCAAUCUUUGCAAGUCUGAACCCGUCAGUACAUUUUGCAGCCAAAAAUUCAUCAAAUGGCAUUUUAUUCCACCCUAUUCCCCAAACUUCGGGGGACUUUGGGAAGCAUCGAUCAAAUUAACGAAGCAACAUCUUUACAAAUCAUGCAAGUCAGUUCUUUUAAACUUCGAAGAACUAUCAACUCUUCUUACUCAAAUUGAAGCAAUAAUUAAUUCCAGAUCAAUCAUUCCUCUAUCAUCCGACCCAUCCGACCUUGAAGCUCUAACUCCUGGUCAUUUUCUGAUUGGACAACCACUCACCGAUUUGCCCUCUCCCGAUGCAUCGCACAAGACGAUCUCCAUUUCAUCCCGAUGGACUCUUAUUCAAAACGUCCGGAAGCAUUUUUGGGAUCGUUGGUGCAAGGAGUACCUGAAUACCUUACAACCUCGUCCGAGGUGGAAAACUCCGCAUCGGGACAUUCAGCCAGGUGAUCUUGUACUUGUCCGAGAAAAGAAUUCCUCGCCUCUCAAUUGGACAGUAGGCCGAGUCCAAAGGGUCUUCCCUGGUCCUGACAAUCGAAUACGAGUGGUGGCAAUGAGAACUUCUAAAGGAGAUGUAACUCGAUCUAUAUCUCAGGUAUCAGUUCUGCCUGAAUGA